AUACAAUUAUUAAUACAAUAUUGGAGCAUACUAAUGCAGAAAGCAUAUAACAAUAUAUGAUAUAAAACGUGUGAAAUCAUUAAAAAAAACUAUAAAAUUGAAAAGAAAUGUUAUGUGAGUCUUCUCGACCUUCGAAAGGUAGACUAUCCUAGCAAAACGAUCAGUUGAUCUUUUUUAACUCAAAAAUAGAUAAAAUUAAAAAGAAUUGUGAAGCUAUAAAUUAAAAUAAAUAAAUAAAAAUUACUAUUAUUGACACCUCAAAAAAAUUAUCGUGUAUCUCCCAUUUAAUUUUCUUGAAAAAUGCCAGAUCCUUCACUUUCAUAAAAAGAAUAAUAAUAAUGCUAGAUCUUGCAAUAUUAUGGUGAAUGAGACACAAUUGAAUAAUUGAUAUCCUUAAUAAUUAUGAUUAGGGAUUUUUCAUUAAAAAAAAAAAAUUUAAAUAACUAGAUAGGGAACUCAAACGGUGUGCUGUAUCUGACCAAACGCACGGGUAUUUCCGUCACACAAGUUUUCAACGGCUCUCUAGACCCAUAGCCGUUGCAAGCUUUCCAUAAACCCUAGCUCAUCUGCCAUCCCCUUCAUCUCAUCGCUAUAUAAACCCACUAAUUCAACCUAGCAUUACUCACUUACGCUCUCUCUCUCUCUCUCUCUCUGAAAUCGCAAUUCUUCGCAACGCUCAGAGAUCUAUUACAUCUCGCGCCCUCCAAUUUUCUUUAUUUGGGAUUUCUUGAAUCAUUCCCUUUUAUGCAGAAUUGAUUUUGUGAAUUAACUAAUAUUUUUUGCAGGAUUUUUAAAAUUUCCUUUUUUAUUUUUCGCAUAUAUAUACACAUUUUGUGUGGGUAUUUUUACAUAAUGGAUGCAGGAUCAAUGGGUUCUUCACCCAACUUGAAGUCGCAGUCUAGGUGCCCUCUUCAAGAACAGUUUCUUCAGCGAAUGAAUUCUCGGGAAAACUUGGACAGGUUCAUACCAAACAGGUCAGCAAUGGAUUUUGAUUUCGCUAACAUGAUGCUAACAGAAGGUAGGAAAGGUAAGGAAAACCCAGCUGUCUCUUCCCCAUCCAGAGAGGCCUAUCGGAAGCAGUUGGCAGAGGCAAUGAACAUGAACCGGACUAGAAUCCUUGCAUUCAAGAACAAGCCACCUGCCCCUGUUGAGAUGUUCCCGCGCGAGUUCUCUUCUCUGCAACAGGAUAAACCUGCAAAGCCCCGAAGACACAUUCCUCAAACCUCAGAGAAGACAUUGGAUGCUCCGGACCUUGUGGAUGAUUACUACCUCAAUUUGUUGGAUUGGGGGAGCUGCAAUGUCCUCGCCAUAGCUCUUGCAAACACAGUUUAUUUGUGGGAUGCUACCAAUGGUUCUACUUCGGAACUGGUCACAUUUGAGGAUGAAGUUGGAUCUGUGACCAGCGUCAGUUGGGCUCCUGAUGGGCGCCACAUUGCUAUUGGACUGGACAAUUCUGAAGUACAGUUAUGGGAUUCGACUGCUAACAAGCAGCUGAGAACUUUGAGAGGUUGCCACCGAUCACGAGUAGGCUCUUUGGCAUGGAACAACCACAUUCUUACAACUGGAGGGAUGGACAGUUGCAUUGUGAACAAUGAUGUAAGAAUUAGAUCACACAUUGUUGAGACAUACAGAGGACAUGAGCAAGAGGUUUGUGGACUGAAGUGGUCGGCCUCAGGCCAGCAAUUGGCUAGCGGAGGAAACGACAACCUUCUCCAUAUAUGGGACAGAUCAGUGGCAUCUUCAAAUUCACCAACUCAGUGGCUUCACAGACUUGAAGAUCAUACAGCUGCAGUGAAAGCCCUAGCUUGGUGUCCUUUCCAGGGCAAUUUAUUGGCUUCUGGUGGAGGCGGGGGUGACCGGUGCAUAAAGUUUUGGAACACUCACACAGGUGCAUGCUUGAACUCGGUCGACACUGGCUCUCAGGUCUGUUCUUUGCUGUGGAACAAGAAUGAAAGGGAAUUGCUUAGCUCACAUGGGUUUACUCAGAAUCAGCUCACUCUUUGGAAAUACCCGUCGAUGGCUAAAAUUGCCGAGCUCACUGGCCAUACUUCUAGAGUUCUUUAUAUGGCUCCGAGCCCCGAUGGUUGCACAGUUGCAUCAGCAGCUGGUGAUGAAACACUCAGGUUUUGGAACGUUUUUGGGGUCCCAGAGGUGGCUAAACCAGCUCCCAAAGCUAACCCUGAGCCCUUUGCUCAUUUGAACCGCAUUCGCUGAUCAAGAACAAGAGAAGGGCUCCCUUGAAUCAUAUUUGCACAUUUACAUCAGAUGGAGCUGCAGUAUUCUUUCUUUGAGAAUCAUACCGCUGAUCAAGAUUCAAGAACAUAAGGAAUUAUAUCCGUACUUCGGAGCAGUGCAAGUUAGUUGUUCUUCAUCAAUAGUCUCAGACUGCAGCACAGGGCAAUCUCAGUCCACGUUCUUUGUACAACUCCCCUGUAUACAAAGGGUGAUAGAAAAUAGGAAAUCCGUGUAAUUAAUUAGUAAUGAAUUUUCAGUCUCCCUUUCCUGUGGACGUAGGCACAUUGCCGAACCACGUAACUUUUGUGUGUUUGUGCUCUCUC